AUGAAGACGGCCGCUUUCCUCCCCCUCGCGCUCGCGCUCGUCCCAGCCACCCUCGUCGCCGCGACCCCUCCUCCGGCACUCAUCGACGCCCUUUCCGCCUACUCUGCCGCGGGCAUCGUCCCGACCAUCCCGCCUGGAAUCAAGCACAUCGAGCGUCUCGCCAAGCGCUCGAAGGACCAGGAGGCGCCGGCUCCGACGCCUGCCGCCAAGUCCGGCAUGGAGAAGAUUGUCAUUCUCCCUGGCAGCGGUCCUGGCAAGAAGAUCAACGGCACCGCUAGCAAGCCGCUUAAGCAGCUUCCGAAGGAGAAGGCUGUUAAUGCCCCGAAGCGUCGCGGCCUCCUUGCCACGAUCGAAUCGAAGCUCGGCAUGGCCACGACCUCCGCCGAGUUGAGCCAUGAGUCCGGCAAAGUCGUUGGCGACAGGCAGCACUACUGGUACAUCGAGGACUCGGAGGACCAGUCCAAGUGGCGCAAAAAGGAUGCUAGUAAGAGCGCUUCGAGCUCGUCGACUAGCUCGUCUGCCUCCGCGACGGCGUCAUCGACGAAGGACAAGCGCGACAUUGUUGACGCCCUCGCCAACGUUGGCGACGAGCUCGACGCGGCUGGCAUCAUGAGCUCGCCCACCUCGACGGCUGGCUUCGUCACCUCGACUCGUCCUGCCUCCGCUUCGUCGACCGCCGCGCCGACCUCCUCGUCGUCCGCCUCUUCCGUCGCUGCUCCGGCUCCGACCACUGCCUCAGGCAACAGCACCGACGUCUCCUGGACCGACCCGUCCUCCUGGGGGCAGGGUAUCUCGAACGAAGUGACAGGCGAAUACAACGACCUCAAGACUCGCAUCAACAACCUCUCGAUCCUGUCGAAAGUCGGCCUCGCAACUCUCGUCAUCGUCUCGACUAUCGCGCUCGGGUUCUUGAUUUACUGCUGCUGCAAGCUCAACCAGCGCAGGAGGAGGAGGAACGCGGCGGAGCGUGUACACGCGAAGUUGCAGGCUCAGCAGGUCGCGACGGGAAGGUCGUUUGACGACAGGGCCACAUCCAUCCCCAUGCGCGGCUACGGCUCCGCUUCGACGUCCGCCUCUGCGCCGCAGGACAAGAAGGGCAAGCGCCGUCUCAGUUGGUCCGCACGCCAGUAG